AUUGAAAUGAACAAUUCAACACCAAUUCCAAAAUUCUUUCAAUAAGAAUUUGAAUGUUCUUUGUGCUUAACUUUCUUUACCAAUCCAAUCACUAUUCCUUGUGGACAUACAUAUUGCAAGGAAUGUAUCUCUAAUGCAGUUAAAUAAAUUCCACGUUGUCCAACAUGUAGGUAUUAAUAUUUCUUUAAUUCAGAUGUACCAUUGCUAUCGAGAUAAAAAAUUUAAAAGAGAAUUUGCUAAUCAAAUCUACAGUUAAUGAAUUGAAAAAGCAUCUGAAUGUUGUUAACAGUCCUUAAAAAUCACAAAUAUAGAAUUUAUCAGAAAAAAAAGAUCAACCUCAAAAAUUAAUAAUUCUUUAUACAUCAGAAGUUAUUACACCAUAUCAAUAUUAAAGAAUUGAAUUAGAGAAUGAAUAAUUUAAAAGCUUACCUAAAAAUUAAGAAUUUAUCAAAUAGAUAUUUGCUAACAUUAAGAAGUUUGUUAUAGCAUUCAAAUCUAAUAAAAAUUAGGAUGUAAGCAUGUGUAUAAUAUUAAGAUGGGAUAUUUGGCAUAAUUAUAAUUGGUUUAAAUUAUAAAGGGGAAAGUAAUCGCACAAAUAUUGACUGAAGAUAUAGUUGAAUUGUCAAAUAAGGAACCUACAGAAUUUUAAUUAAACAAUGAAAGUUAAAUAAAAUAUAUUCUUCCAAUUAUAUCAGCAAAGAUACUUGAAGAGGAAUAUAUUGAUUUAAAUGACGAUGAAACUUUGUAUCAAAUCUCAACAUUGAUUUAAUAAAUUUAAGAUGUAUUAAGUCCUUUAAUUUUUUAAUUAAGUAAUACAUAAAAUGAAUUAUCAUAAUAUUUGCAUCAAAGUGGGUUAUUUAUGUAUUUAAAAUUAAAAGUCGAAAAAGAUUGGAAAUCAUUAAAAAGACUUUCAUUUUUAUUACCAAGUUUAUUAAAUAUUGAUAGAGUAUAAAAGAACAAUAUACUAACUUAAAAUAAUUGUAUUUAAAGAUUAAUUUUGAUAAAUAAAAGCAUUUAAAGAUUUAAAAAUACAUCUAAUCCUAUGGUUGUAUUUACAAUGAAUAGAAGAUCUAACGGGAAAGGUCUCUUGAAUUAGUUUUGGUUGAUAGCUAUUUCAAUAUUGCUAGCAUAUUUAUACACAAAACUAUAGUUCUGA